CAGGAGCUGCAUACCUUUAAAUGAACACGGCUCUAGUUCAUCUGUAGAGCGUUUCUGUGUGAAAUAUUGAGGCGGACUCGUAUUUUGACGCCGCUCUUCCUGGCGAGGCCGAGUCAGUGGCUCAUGGCGAGAAGGCUGGGAGAAGCGAGAGCUGCUCAGAUGUGAGGUGGAGGAGAAAAGCUGCAGGUUGAGCCGCUAAACUGCGGAGAAACGAGAAACAAAUGUUGGCCUGUUCCAAGUCAUCAUCACCUGUGCGGUCUAAAUUUUCCUCUACAAACACCGGAAAUGCAUCACAGUGAUAAACUGUGAGAAUAUGGAAUCCAUAAGAAGCUCCAGCUCUCAGGAAAUAUCUCCUGGUCCUCACCAUAUGAACACUCCCCACAACCAUCUCCAGAAAAGUUCAGAAAAGAAGAGAACUCGUCGCUGCUCAGACAGCGGGAAGAGUUUCCCUAAACCAUCGACCCUGCAGGUACACCAGCGCGUUCACACAGGAGAGAAACCGUUCCAGUGCUCGGAAUGCGGGAAGAAUUUUUCUACGUCGAGUAGCCUCCAAACACAUCGUCGCAUUCACACAGGAGAGAAACCGUAUCAGUGCACAGAGUGUGGAAGGAGUUUUAAUCGACAGCAUCAUCUUCAAGUUCACCAGAAUGUUCACACCAGAGAGAAACCACAUUGCUGUUUGGAGUGUGGAAAGAGUUUCACUCAUCGGCACAUUCUCCGAACACACCAGCGCAUUCACACUGGAGAGAAACCGCAUCAGUGCUCAGAGUGUGGGAAGAGUUUUAUUCAGCCGGGUCAUCUUCAAACACACCAGCGCAUUCACACUGGAGAGAAACCGCAUCAGUGCUCUGAGUGUGGGAAGAGUUUUAACCAGCUGGGUCAUCUCCAAACACACCAGCGCGUUCACACCGGAGAGAGACCGUAUUCCUGUUCGGACUGUGGGAAGACGUUUACUGUGCUGGGUCAUCUCAGACGACACCAGCGAAUUCACACCGGAGAAAAACCGUACGUCUGCUCUGAGUGUGGGCGGAGCUUCAGGCAGACAAGUACUUUAAAUGAACAUGAGUGCACUACGGGGGAGAAGCGGUAUCACUGUCCGGUGUGUGGGAAAGGUUUUACACAGAUGGGUGGUCUCCAACGACACCGGCUUAUUCACACCGGAGAGAAACCAUAUCACUGUUCUGAGUGUGGCAAGAGCUUCAGGCAUUCAAGUACUUUAAAGAGGCACAAAUCUACUGCGGUGUGUUCAAGUAAUGAUGUUGACAUGUUAAUUCUAAGUUAAAUAUUCGACAGAAUUUAAUGAUUGGGUUAGUCUGUAAGGACUCUUGUUGUGAAGGCAGGUGUAGCCUGCUGGCUGUGUUGAUGAACAUCAGAAAGAACAGAAAUCAGUCUAGUACCGACGGCUGAGAGAGUAAGACGUGAGGCUAGAGAAAACCAGAGUUGUGGACUCGAGUCGAAAAUUUGAUGGCUUGAGACUCGACUCAAGAAAAUCGAGAAAGACUUGUCUCUACUUUGACUUCAACACCAGUGGCUUGGACUUCAGCCUUAAGUCCCGGAAAGACUCGAGACCCAAAGUGUAAGAAACGUAGAGAGUCAGUCUGCAGACCUCUACACAGUCAGUUAAUGUCAUGUGAAUGGAUUUGUUUCCUGUCGUAAAUCUGAUUUACAGUAACAUCAGAUGUCUGUCACUGAUCUUCUGCUCAGUUUUUAUUUCAGAAGACAAGUGAAGCAUUGAGAGUUAAAGUUUGCCUCCAUAAGCUAGAAACAAGUGAAGCAUCAGCAGUAUCAAUGCAGGGCAGUUGUUAGUUGGAGGUUAGUAAACCAACCUUGUGACCAGGAAGGUCGCUGGUUUGAUCCCCUGAUCCACUGAAGUGCCCUUGAGCAGCUAGCCCCUAACUGCUCUCUGGGCACCAUGAAUAGCUGCCCAACGCUCCGGUUAAGUGUGCUCACUGCCCUCUGGUGUGCAUGUAUAUGAGUGUUUCACUGCAUGGAUGGGUUAAAGGCGGAGGUCUAAUUCACACAGUUGGCCAGUGGUUCUGAAUUCUGAAUUCCCUCGUUCAGCACUUAAACUCUUACUAGAGGAGCUCACCAGGUGAACUGACUGUUUUCCUCAUGAAAGGAAAACAAAUGAGACACCGAUAUCUCUUACCUAUUUUAACAGGUUCUGCAGGUAAAACAAGCACAACAUUCAACACAAGGCUGAAGUUGACUUGUUAUUCGCCACCUUCAUAUUGGAAUUUUUCCGUUACGCCAUUUAAGGUGGAACAGAAAAUUAAGAAGUUGCUGGCAAAAAAAGUCAUCAGCUUUUUACAUUCACCAUCAUUUUGAUGUCUUUUCUGAAAACAUUUUGGUUUCUCUUGUCAUCUAAAUUCAGUUCAAACUAGUGGUUGUUUUUUAGCAGGCUGAUCUAGUUUUUAUUUUAAUCUUCUGCACCCAUUUGUUUUUUAAUUAAGCACGGUAGUACUUUUAAAAUUCUUUUCAUAUGCAGUUGCACUGGCCCUGUGAUUGACUGGCGACCUGUCCAGGGUGUAUCCUGCCUUCCACCCAAUGACAACUGGCAUAAGCUCCAGCACCCCAUUGUGACCCAGACGGAUAAGUGGUUUAGAUGAUGUGUGUGCGUGCAGUUGAACUGUAUGUAUACAGUACCUCUGUCAUGGUUAUCUGUGUACCAUGGAAUUUGUAUUUCAUUUGAAAGGGAAAAAAAAUAAAGUAAUAUACAUCCAUA